UGUGUGGGGGGGGGGGGGGGGGGGGGGGAUGAUGUCAUAGUGUUAAGUCUGUGCCAUAGAAGAAGCAGAUGGAUGCAGCCUUCCUCCGUUUCCUUCGAUCCCGUUUCCAUUUCCAUCGCCAACAUCAGCAUCAACAUCUGGACCCAUCGAAGACAACGAGCGACAAACCGCAGAAGGAGAAUCUGCGGUGAAAGGAGUCUGUCUGCAGGUGGAGGAAACAAAACGGAGAAGCCUCCUGUCGGCUGGAUGUAAGCGGAUCUUCAACCGAAAGAGAAGUCCAAUUAACACGGGAUAUGGACCGAAAUAUCGGGGCAAGCACUGGGCCAGUCAUCUUUUCUGGCUUUAUUCUGUGUAAUGAGCGGAAGGCUGUGUAGAGGAGCUAGUCCUGCCCAGAAAGGAGGAGGAGUAGGGGAGACACACAGAAGGGUGUCGACGGAGCCAGGCAGGGGAAGAGGAGAAGAGAAGAGGAGGGGAGGAACGGAGGAAAAAAUAAUAGAGUAAUAUCUCAAUCUUCCAAUAAUGGCGGCUAAAUCGGACGGGGUCCUGAAGAUGAAGAAGAGCGACGUGGCCUUCACCCCCCUGCAGAACUCGGAUCACUCCGGCUCGGUGCAGGGGCUCCACCCGGGCGCCCAGCCCGACUCUGCGGGCACCGGGGACGGGGACUUCGCCAACGGGGAGUCGCGGUGCUGCGGCGGGGGAGGCUCCAACUCGACGUGCCUUCGCCUUGGCAGGGAGCAGCAGAAAUACACGGUGUGGGACUGCCUGUGGAUCGUAGCCGCAGUGGCCGUGUAUCUGGCCGAUGUGGGCACCGACGUGUGGCUCUCGGUCGACUACUACCUCCGCCGCGACUACUGGUGGUUCGGCCUGACGCUCUUCUUCGUGGUGCUGGGCUCCUUCUCGGUCCAGCUCUUUAGCUUCAGAUGGUUCGUCCACGACUUCACCACCGAGGACGGCGCGGAAUCCGCCGACUGCUCCCACAUGGACGGGAACAAGCUGCUGAGCGGCUCGGCCUCACACGGCGACGUUACCGCUCAGCACCACCCGGCCACGCCGCAGAGACAGGCGUCGACCGCCAGCAAGAACACCACAACCAACAGCACCGCGAGCACGGCGCUGGGCAGCAGGAGUAGGAAACGCUCGGGCUACUACUCCUUCUGCGUCUGGUUCGGCCAGUCCGCCAUCCACAUCCUCCAGCUGGGCCAGAUAUGGAGGUAUUUUCAUACUAUCUACCUGGGCGUUCGGAGUCGUCAGAGUGCUGAGACCGAGCGCUGGCGUUACUACUGGCGGAUGGUCUAUGAGUUCGCAGAUGUCAGCAUGUUGCAUCUUCUGGCCACCUUUCUGGAGAGUGCUCCACAACUGGUGCUGCAGCUGUGCAUCAUCAUACAGACACACAAGCUCCAGGCUGUGCAAGGAAUGACAGCUGCAGCCUCCCUCGUCUCUCUGGCCUGGGCCCUGGCCUCCUACCAAAAGGCCCUGCGAGAGUCUCGAGAUGACAAGAAACCCAUCAGUUACCUGGCUGUCAUGAUCCAGUUCUGCUGGCACUUCUUCACGAUCGCUGCGAGGGUCAUCACCUUCGCCCUGUUUGCCUCUGUGUUCCAACUCUACUUUGGCAUCUUCAUUGUCCUGCACUGGUGCAUCAUGACCUUCUGGAUUGUCCACUGUGAGACAGACUUCUGCAUCAGCAAGUGGGAGGAGAUUGUGUUUGACAUGGUGGUGGGCAUAAUCUACAUCUUUUCCUGGUUCAAUGUCAAGGAGGGACGAACCAGGUGUCGGCUUUUCAUCUAUUACCUGGUGAUUCUGGUGGAGAACACUGCUCUCAGUGCCCUGUGGUACCUCUACCGGUUGCCUCACACCACUGACGCUUUUGCGGUGCCAGCACUCUGCGUCAUCUUCAGCAGUUUCCUCACCGGUGUGGUUUUCAUGCUCAUGUACUAUGCCUUUUUUCAUCCCAACGGGCCGCGAUUUGGCCGCUCGCCGAGUGGCCAGGGUCUCGACCUAGACCCCACGGCUCAGUUCUCCACACUACCGUCUGAAGGUGCCACCAACUCUCUACGCUCCAACCGAGGUGCCACCUCAACCCUGGAGCGUGACACGAGCAAGUAUUCCGAGCGGGACGGCUGCAUGCCAGUUUUUCAGGUGCGACCCACAGUGCCAUCCACGCCAUCGUCUCGCGCUGCACGCCUCGAAGAGACCGUCAUCAAAAUCGACCUCUGUAGGAACCGCUAUCCAGCCUGGGAGCGCCAUGUCCUCGACCGAAGUAUACGCAAGGCGAUCCUGGCCAUAGACUCCUCGUUGACUCCUCCACGGCUGCAGUACAAGGAUGACGCUCUGGUGCAGGAGAGGUUGGAAUAUGAGACCACGUUAUAGUUCCACCCUGCUCUCGGAACCCAGAAAGGGGUGCGACGGACAGAGGAUUAUCCUGCUAUCACAACAAAACAGCAACAGGGACUGUGGCAAUAAGAAUUUGUUACUACCAACAAUAUCACUUUUCAUCUCUCAUUCCCUUCAUUUCUUUUUCCAUUCCUCUGCAUCAGAGCCCACCCAGGAGCAUUGAACCCUGGGUAGUAUAACCCUGAGUAGUGAUCGGAGGAGUAAUUUGGCACAAGUCCAGUCAAUGUCAGCGGAUGUGUUUGGGUUCUUGGAAGGGUUGUUGCUGUUAUUUUUUUACUUCCACUCAUCAGGGAAAUCCUGUCUGAAAUGGACAAAAUGCAACAGAGUGCUCCGACACUCUGCUCAGACCACAUGAAAAGCUGGGUAAGGUUGGGAAAGUUAAAGAUAAAAUACUCCAUCUAGACGAGUUUUAAGUCAUCUGAUAUUCUACAAUGACAAUUACAACUACACUGAAAUUCCCCUAAGGAAAAGAAACGAGAAACGUAUUCAUCCGUAGAAACUUCUAACUGACUGACUAAUGUGCAGGUGACUUACCGUUUGGAAGUUCUGAAGAUGUGAUCCCAUAGCAGCCACAGCUGGGUUGGUACUUCCAUCAGUAUCUACAUGACGACACUCAUUCACUCUUAGUGCCAAAAAAGGUUCCUUGGAAAUGUCCUCCAGAUACUGAGGAGAAACUCCUCAUGCCAGGUUCAGACUACAUGAUAUCCGCUCGGUCAUGCUGCCAACCCGGCAGACGUUGAGGCGAUGGUUAAGAUUUGGAACGACAGUGGGCGCGACAGUUAAUCAUUUUAUCCCGCAUAGUGCGACAACUGACGCAGCAUCUGGGACGCCACAAAAUGUCUCGACAGAAGGAUUAGCAUGUUAGCAUUUUUUUUGUUUUGCUUUCCAAGACGUGUUCCUCCAUCUAGGCCUGUUUUUACAUCGUCACGGUGUCUUUGUUCACCCGGAAUCAAUUUCUAACAUUAGCCAAGGUCCUAAGGGGUAUGGCUUUUGAUGGUAAUUGUCAGUUUUUAUUUUCAUUUAAGAAAAAAAAAUACAAUGUUUUAUUAUAAAAACAGGCGUGGUUUACUUCAUAGGCUGUGAAUUUGUGUUACUACAUUAUCACAUAACAGCGAUAAAACCCCAAAAAAUGAUCCUCUACAACUUUAAUUUUAUUGCAAAAGUAACACAGAAAUACUUCUUUUUAAAUCUGACUGAAAGAGACAAUUAUGUUGUUAAUGGCAAUUAUUUCUGAGACAAUUAAUUGUAAAGUAAAAUUUGGACUCUCCAUCCUUAUGUUCGUGACUCUGACCAAUAUCGCCAAGAAAAAGAGGAAUGGUGUUGUCGGUUCUGCGGUUGGAACUGGCUUUUUUCCAACACGUGAGACAGCCAGCAUCAUACACACCGCCAUUGUUCCUUUUCCUUCUUGUUCCUAGCCCCUUCCUGAUGACAUCACAGGCAUUGUGAAAGACGGCAUGCUUUGAUUGGUCAGGGCACCCAAGUGUGGUCUGUCAUGUCUCUGAGCCUAGUCCCGGCAAUGAUUCAUGACUCGCUUAAUCUGACACAGUGAGAAUUGAAAAAUAUGGUGUAGUCUGAACCUGGUUAUAGAAAUGGCUGGGAACUCCAAAAUGUUCUUCUCUGGCCUGGACAUUUCCUUCCUCUUGGAUAAGUAUGGUCUACACUUUCAGACAGAAAGUGAACUACAUGAAGACAGUGGUCAAAGUAGCAUCUAUACUCAGUGUUCUGUUUGGAAUAAAUCCACCAAACCUGGCAGGAAGGAAGGAAAUGGAGCAAGAAAGAAGGGGUGAAAGCUGGACAGAAGCAACCUCACUGUCUUUUGUCCCAUAAAGAAAUAAGUCAAACUCCACAAUGCCAAGAAAAAAUCUUCCUGGCAGCUCAACGCAACUAUUUGCAGUCCAGCCUCACAGUCCUGGCUGUGCAGCGAUACUGAUCUCUGCUUGUCUUUGGAGGCUAAAGUGAGAGAGAGAGAAGACAAAACGAGCAAAACGCCAGGCGGCAAUGACAAGGGGGAUUUAUGCAGGACAGGAUGACGCAGGAAAUGUAAAUGAGUCUAAGAUGGAGAAGAGAAAAAGGCGGACAAGCAGCCGUCUCAGCCAAACUGAAACCAAGCACCAGGAUGUACAGUUCUCUGAUACAACAUGCAGCAUUUUUUACUUUAGAGAUGAUGUAGAGGGUACUGAAGUCAUUGUCUGUGUUUUUGUGUGCGUGUGCGCGCGUGUGUGUGUGUGUGCAACAUUUUGAGUUUAAAUCUGCUUGUUCUUUGAAAAACACACAAGUCACCUCUUGAGGAAUUUAUUUUUCCAGCAGCUUUUAAACAUCGUUGCACCAAGCCACACAGCACAAGUUACCAUGGUGCUGGUAGCGUCCACUGGCUUUCAUAGGAAAUGCUAACAAAGUGAUUUCUGAAUAACAGUAAUGCCACUAUAAAAGCUUGAUAUCAGUCCACCGUUACCAUACCACAUAUCAUGGUCUGAGAAGGAUAACUGAUGAAAUCCAGACAUUUUCAGUGAUGGGCCGUCAAAUGCAGGAAAAAGACAAAACAACAACAAUUGAACGUGGGAGCAAGUAGCAAUUUUUUUUUUAUUCCAACAGAUAUUGGUCCCUUUUAGUAAACUCAGCACAAGUCAUGUCAAAUCAAAGACGGCACAGUGGUUCUUCGUC